AUGGCAGACGACAAAGAAGACCGCGUCGUUAGCGAUGAGCAGAUCGCUCAGCCUCUCGAUCAGCGCGCGAUGAAGCCGUUGCUGCGCAAGAUUGACUUGUACCUUUUGCCCAUCAUGUGCGCGACCUACAUGUUCCAGUUUCUCGACAAGUCCGCUCUAAGCAACGCCGCCAUCCUCGGCAUCCGGCCCGACCUGGCCCUCUCCGGCGGCGACUACUCCUGGGCGGCUGCCAUCUACUACUUUGGCUUUCUCGUCGCGUCCUAUCCCGCGGCGUGGAUCAUGGUACGGAUGCCCGUGGCCAAGUUUAUGGCCGUGUCCGUAUUUCUUUGGGGGAGCGUUCUAAUGAUGAUGGCGCUCCCGCAUAACGCCACCGGCCUGCUCACCGUGCGCUUCUUCCUCGGCGUGUGCGAGGCGCCGCUUGGCCCCGGGCUCACCAUCAUCGUGGCCAUGUGGUACCGGCGCUCCGAGCAGCCGCUGCGGCACGCCGCGUGGUUUGCGGGCAACUCGGUCGCCGGCAUCUUUGGCGGCAUCGUCGCCUACGGCAUCGGCCACAUUCACUCAGUGGCACCCUGGAAGGCACUGUUUCUCAUUUUUGGAGCUGCGACGGUCUUGUUCGCGGCCAUCGUCCUGGCCAUGCUGCCCGACAUCCCGGCCAAGGCCCGGUGCCUAUCCAAAGCGGAACGAGACAUGGCUGUGGCGCGCGUUAGCAAAAACAUGACGGGCAUCCGCAACAACGAAUACAAGUGGUAUCAGGUGCGCGAGGCGCUCCUGGAUGUCAAGACCUGGCUACUUGCCGUUGUACAGUUCUGCGCAUGCGUUGCGAAUGGGGCAAGCAGUUUUUCGUCGAUUGUCAUCAAAGGCUUUGGAUUCACUGAGCUCAACACCUUGCUGCUCUACUCCGCACGCGCAUCCACAACAUCCGGACAUACUGCCUGGCUGCCUGCGUUCUCUUGGGCAUGCUGGGCGGGCUGCUCAUCCGGCAGCUCCCGCCGCAUCUGA